AGUAUUCAGACCCCUCUAGCGACACAUUUUCAAAAAAGCGACUAGCGACAAAUCUAGCGACUUUUCCUGGUGUUAUUGGAGACUUUUGUAGACUUUGACGUGAAAGCACGCAUCGUUCUUACUCUUCUCAACGAGCAGCGUUGUGCUGCCGUGGGCCGCACCCCGUCCCUUUCCUUACUGAGGAGUUGGCAACACACCAAGUGCCUGAGCAAAGGUGAAAGUGAAAGGUGUGUCUCAGUAUAGGACUGAGGUGUAGAUUGUUCUGUAAAAACAUGUAGAAAUGCACAUAUAGUGACUAUUAGAGUGGUUAUAGAUUUAAAUAAACUAUUUUGAAUGUGAAGUGGAGGACAUGAAGACCAGUAAAGUGAAAAUGUCAGAGUCCAGAGUUCAUAAUCAGUUUAAACUCACCUCAGAAGACCAUGUGGAGGCUGUUGGUGAAGAGGUCACCCUCCCCUGUCACCUCUCACCUGACACCAGUGCUGUUGCCAUGACGAUCAGGUGGUUUAAAAGGACAGAGUGUAUUUACCUGUAUAAGAAUGGCCAGGUGACAGAGAGGAGUGGCUAUGAGGGCAGAGUGAGUCUGAUCACCCAGGAGCUGGAGAGAGGCAACGUGUCUCUGAGGCUGAUAGACUUCAGGAGGUCAGAUAGAGGAGUCUACAUCUGUCAGGUCAUCCAUGGAGAACAGAAGGAGGAGGCUGCAGUGGGUUUAAGGGUCAGAAGAGUAUCAGAAAUAGAGUCAGGAUCAUGGUAUUUACAACAUGAGACCCAGGAGGACAAGCUGAAGAGGGAGGCAUCAGCUGGUGAGCUUGAGUUGAAGAUGGAAAAAGAAUUAAAAGAGAUAUUAAGAGAGAAGAUGAUGAAACAACUAAAGGAGAAACUAGAUGAUAUGACCCAGGAAGUGAGAGAGAAAGAGAGACUCCUGGAUGAUAUGACCCAGGAAGUGAGAGAGAAAGAGAGACUCCUGGAGGAGAAGAACCAGAUAAUGGAACAGAGGGAGAAACUAUUAGAAGAGAAAGACAACCAACUGGAAGAGAAAGACAAGCAACUAAAGGAAAGAGACAUUCAACUAGAGGCUCUGAGAAAGAACCUGCAGGACAAGAACAGCCAAGUAGAGAACUUCAGAGUCCUACUGCAGGAAAAAGACCUUCAACUAGAGGACAGGAACCACAGACUGGGAGAGAAGGACAGACUGCUGGAAGAGAGACAAACAACUAAAGGAAAGACAAGAAGAAGGACAGAACUGGAAAAUGAACUGGAGGGAAAAGAAAAUGAACUAAAAGAGAGGAGACAGGAAGUAGAAGAGAGGAGACAGGAAGUAGAAGAGAAAGACAACCUACUAGAGGAGAGAGAGAACCAGUUAAAGGAAAGAGACAAACAGGUGGAGGAUGUCAACAAUGAAAAUGCUGAACUGGCUCAACAGAUAUGUGAUGUGAAGACUGAGGUAGAGAGACUGAGAAGAGAGAUCUCAGCCCAGAUGACUGAACAUGGAGAGACGUCAGAUACAGGUUCCAUCCUCCCAGUCAGGAGGAGAGACAGCAUGGAGGUUCCUCCACUUAUGGGAGGAGAGACCUCAGAUACAGACCCCACACUUCCACUGAGGAGGAGACACAGCAUGGAGUUACCUCCACGUAUGGGAGGAGAGAGCAGCAGUCCAGACUCCCCAGUGUCUCCCAGUGUGUCUGAGCUGAGACUGGUGCUGCUGGGGAGGACUGGGGCUGGGAGGAGUGCAGCAGGAAACACCAUCCUGGGCAGAGAGGAGUUUGGGGCCCAGGCCAGCCCCUCUGCAGUGACCCAGAGGAGUAAGAGGAGAGAGGGGGACGUGUGUGGGAGACGGCUGGUGCUGGUGGACACUCCAGACUGGUUCUGUCCUGGAGUCUCUCUGGAGGAGAUGAGACAGGAUGUGGGGCUCUGUGUCCGUCUGUCUGCCCCGGGACCCCACGCCUUCCUCCUGGUCAUACCAGUGGAGCCCUCUAAGGGGGAGGAGAGAGGGGUGCUGGAGAGAAUGGAGGAGAUGUUUGGGGAGGGUUGUUGGGAACACACUGUGAUUCUAUUCACCCAUGAUGAUGGACUGAAAGAGCAGAGCAUUGAGGAGUUUCUCCAAGCAGGAAGUCAGGACCUCCAGCAGCUUGUAGAGAAAAGUGGGAGCAGGUACCACGUCCUCAACAUUAAGGACAGGGCCCAUGGCACUCAGGUAUCAGAGCUGCUGGAUCAGGUAGAGGAGAUGGUGGCAGGAAACAGAGAGAGAUUCUACAGCAGUCAGACCUACCAGGAGGCAGAGGACCAGGUUAGAGAGAUGGAGGGAAAGAUCCAGAGAGAGAGAGGAGAGAGGAAACAGAGGGAGGAGAGGGACUUGAGAGAGAGGCUUGAGAAGGAGUUGCAGGACUCUCUGAUAAAGAUAGAGGGAGUGAUCCAGGAACAUGAGGGAGAUAUCAGAACACUCAGUGAAAGAACCAGUGAACUGGAGAGACAGGUGAAAGAAGAGAGGGAUGAGGAGAAGAAAAGAGAGCUGGAGAGGGAGCUGAAGAGGGAGUCUGAUAGGAGGGAGGAGAUGGAGAGAAAGCUGGAGAGAUUUAGAGAGAAGAGAGAGAAUGAGAGGAGGGAGAUGGAGGAGAGACACAGACAGGAGAUGGAGAACUAUGAAGGAGAAGCCAGAGUUGAAGCAGAGAGAAACCUGAUGAAGAUAGUCCUACCUGAGUUACAGAGGAGCAUCAUGAUCUCACAGACAAAGAUGCAGAGGGAGUUCAGCAGACAGAUGGAGGAGAAGAAUAGACAGAUGGAGGAGAAGAAUAGAGUGAUUGUAGAGGAUAAGAAUAUAGAGAUGGAGAGACUAAGACAGAACUUGAAAGAAGUCAGGGAUGCUCACUCAGUGUUGCAGAAGAGACUGGAACGAGAGGAGAAAGGUCAGAGGGCACUGAUAGGGUUGUUGGGCUGGGUCAGGAGAAACUCAUCAAGUUGGAUUCUCCACAAUCUGAUAUGAUUCACAAUCACUGUCAAUGAUGAUGAACCAGACCAGGUCUACUGUCCACUGUACCGUGGGGGGUGACCAUGGAUCAUGGUGGUCAUGGGGAAAACAAGACAGAAUAAUGUCUGGUCCAGUCUACAGUGUCAAGAGAAGGAGGGGAGGGAGGUCUGUAAAGAUCUUGAUGAGACGUAAAACAGAAUUCCAAUCCAACGUAGAUUAUUGACCUUUGCACUGCAGACCUUUAGAAUGGAGAGGGUUGUGGGGGGUCAGGAGGUCAGCGGGCGGAGUCAGAGACUGAGAACUCUAAAGAUCUGAGUGAGACUUUUACUCAGUGUUUGAGGAGGUCUACUAUUGAACAGAGAACCAUACUGUAUUUACCAAACACUACUUCCUGUUCUUAUUCAAAUUGUUUCAUGUUGAAACUUUAAAUAUACACUGAGUGCACAAAACAUUAAGAACACCUUCCUAAAGUUGAGUUACAAUCUAUCCCAAUGGAACUCUGAUACCACAUGAGACUGACAUCGUUGAAAUAAAGAAAUGUCACUUUGUAAGACA